AACUCGCUCUGCAGGUUAUCCCGGUGAAUCACUCCUCAGUCGGCUAUAAGUAGGACAACUUUCCUCAUGGUUUCAUUUCCUUCUCCCUCUCGCAACAGGGACUCUGUUUUCAGACACCAUGAGUAAGUCCAACAGCCUGAGAGUGAAGAGCUUUUUUAAGUUAAAAUCACCUGAUAAAGAAAGCAAGGACCUGAAACCGUCGGACUCCCUCAAAGAUGGAGUAUCGACUUUACCGACGAGCCCCGGUCCUCUCAGCCCGGGACACAACGCCACAUUGGCCGGUGAUGUUGCACCCGCUCCCCCAAAAGAAAAGAAGGGAAGGCGGCUGUUGUCAUUCAAGAUGAGACGGAAGAAAUCCAAGCGCAAGGAAGAAGAAGGAGAAGAGGUGUUCUUCACUGAUGAACUGGGCAGCUUCAACAAAGAACUGAGCUACGACCAGAUGAGUGUUUCCACAGAGUGCAGUUUCCGGACUGAAUCAGACUGGGACCCUUAUUCUGAGUCUACCUCCAUGAUCAGCUUCGACAUGACUCAGCCACACGGGCCCACUUCCCCCUCAAAAUUCUUUAAGAGUUCGGAGGACAAGAGGGGAGUGUUGGAUCGCCUCAGCAAUUUCUUCAACCCCAGGAGAAAAAAGAGCAGCAGCAGUAGGCGGCAUUCGGAGGCCUCCGAUUCAAUUUCCCCAACGUCCCCCCUGUCUCCACAUUCACUCCAGUCUUUACAGGAGGAUGGCCUAAAGACACCAACUUCUUCUCGAAAAGACAGUGAACUAACCGGGUUUUCUUAUGGAGAAGAAAGAACGGGAGCAGAGCAUGUUGACACCCUCAGCCCCAGUCCCAGCGCCUUAAGUGUGGCUUCUCUGUCGACAGACGGAGCAGAGCUCCCGUUCGCAGAUAGUAACAGCAGUGGCCGAAGCAGCGUGAGGGAGGUGCACGUGUGCAGGGUUAGCACAGCCAGCAAUGGAAGUAAUUCUGGGAAUUUGACUCCCACCACUCUGGAUCUUGCUACUACCACUCAUCCAAGUGCUGAUUCGAGCUCAACACUAGGCUUUGCAGAGUCACUGAUGGAGGAAGUGAGCAAGAGGCUGCAGGUCAGUUUGGAUGAAAGUGUCCUGAAGAAUACCGGGACUUCCAGUGAGGAUAAUGCAGUUGGUCGGACCACACUGUUGGCGUUGAACAUCCCCCUUUCCAAGGCAGCUGAGACCCCAAAGUCACCUAACUUGACUUCUAUAAGCUUAGCGUCAAAUAAAACAUCAGUGAAGGUUGGAGAGAAGGGGCACAGUACUGUGCUGAGAGGAAUAACUUUAGGCUCUCAGUCGUCCACCCCACACCUCAUCUCGACCCAACAGGAAGAUGACAACUCCCCGGACAUGGUGAGGGAAAACAAGAGGAGGGGUCAGGUAUUCUCUUGGGACACUGCAGCCGAGGCAUUUAGCGCGUCACCUGAGGAGGAGCAAGUGCCCAGAGGAGAUUCUCCUGUCCAACUCCACAAAGCCAUAUGGGUGGAAACAUACCUGGGAGCUGAAGAGGAAGGGGAGAGGGAGGGGGAGAAAGAGAAGGAUAUAAUUCAACGAGGGGAGGAAGUCUUCAGAGCGGACUCUCCUCCCGUGCUGGCUAUACAUGUCACAGUAAUUGCUGAGGACGACUCAUUCCCCCAGUGCGCUGCAGAAAGAAGGGCUUCUACCCCCUCCGAGACUUUGACGUCCAGUGGCAGCUUGCCAGAAUCGGCCAUCUCCUUGGCACCGACUACAGGGGAGUUCCAAACAACCUUGACACAGCCAGAGGAGCCUGACACUGGCAUAGACUCAAAGCAAAGUUCACAACCGGAGAAACGCAGAUCGAGAGAAAUUCGCGUUACGCGCAAGACUGUAAAUCUGCCUUCGAAGCACAAGGUAUUUGCCCACAAGGUCCACGUUAGCCCGGAGCCAAGUUUGGAUGGGAACGAACCAGCGGGAGAAAAGCUCGGCAGAGUUUCGACUACAAAGACUUCAGAAACAACAGAAAGGAAACUACUUCAAAACAACAACAAUGUGGAACUCAAGGAAGCCAACCUUGAGCCAUUUCCAACAACAUAUGAGACUACACACUCUGACACACAUACUCCUGAACCCCUAGUUAAAGAAAAAACAGACUGUGAGGCCUCUGACUUUGAAAAUACCUCGGCAACCUUAGACAUGUCCCGAGCGGUGGGAUCUGGGGUAAGAGACCCAGGGACUAACCAGGCUACACCCUAUAAACAAGGGGUUAAAGCUGCAGCAGAAAGUCGGCAUACCACGGCAAGUGGAGCAAAGACCCCAUCCUCAGCAGCUGGCAGCAAGGCCAAAAUUGUGACAACAAAGGCUAAGGCCUCCACAGAGAGUACACAAGUGGGGACACCCAGUGAUUUGCCACCAAAGAGGGAACAUAGCAAUGAUAAAACAGUUUCUGUGUUACCGAAAUUAAAAGAUCAAAGCACCAGUGGUCCCUCAAGUCCAACAGGUUCAAAGUCUAAAAUCCCCAAAAGGUCAGCAUCAGAUGCUGAUGUGAAAUCACCAGUGACACCAGAUAAAACAUCAGUGACUGAUGCCUCCGGGCCAGUGUUCACUGCUAAACUGCAGAAACAACCCAAAACCAAAGAAGCUUUGAAAUCUCCAGUCACUACAACCAAAGCUGGCAGGAAACACAGUUUUGAAGAAGCCAAGGGAGGGAAAGCUCCGUCAGGAGGCAUUUCUCCCACAAAAACAUUACACAAGACGGGAACAAAGCUUAUUAAAGAAAAGUCAGAUGAGGACAGUGACUCUAUAAACCUGUUCAAUGGUGUGGAGAAAGACCACGAGGAGAAUAGUACUAAAACAGGACACCCAACUGGCAGGGAGGGCCUGGAUGUAAAAAAACAAGGGCAAAACCGUCUGGAGAAUAAUGCCUCCCUGACAUCAAAGAGUCGGUUGCCCAUUUCAUCUCCAACAAGAAAGAAUAACGAUGAGAUAACUAAAACAAGUGGCACCAACUAUAAAAAAAUGACAUCUGGUCAGAUGGAUUCAGACCGAUCCAAGACCGUCCAAAAGCUGCAAGAAGUAACUCCUGGUGAGAGACCUGGUAGUGAGACACCACCUCCGCUCCCUGAAAGUCCCAAAAAAGGAAGCAUGCUGUCGACCAGACUAUCCAAACACCUCUCUAAAAGAAGCAUUAGCCAAGAAGAGAGUGACUUUUGUGUCUCUCCACCUCCUACCAAGCAAGAGGAAACAGUCUCAUCGAGGCUCUCCAAACAGAGCGACAUGAAACACCAAAAAAGUCCGGUAAAGGAUUCAGCUGAUCCCUUGUCAUCUGUAAGCAAGCUUCCUACAAGGAGUCAAAUAGUAAAAUCCAGAAAACAUUCACCAACUGGGAAUUCUGCAAGCACAUCCACAUCUAAACAGGACUCAAAUCAGAACACUAACACAGAGACAGCUGUCAAAGCAUCGAAGAGCGUCAUAGCAGAUGUCAAAGAAAAUACUAGUGGCGACAGAUUAAAAUUCAAGUUUCCGUCUACAGAGGAACAACAGCAUAUCAUUAAACUCCCAGGCAAUCAGUCCAAUACCAGUGAAAACAAACUGAAAGGAAAAGAGAACAAGGAAUUAGAGGAGAGCAUAACCAGCCCUGCAGCUGAGGAGAUUUUAAAAAUCCAUCAAAUACAAAGAAAAGAUGUGAUUAUUUCAGAAAACACUCUAGUAAAAGUUACAGCAGUUACAGGCCCAGGGACUGUGGUAUUGCCUUGCAGAGAAGUUGCCAAGGCAAAUUCAUCUCAGUCGCAAGUUACCGAUACUAAUACUGAGAGUGAUUGCCAGGGAGGGCAGCAUGAGACCAAACAACAAGUUAAGUCUACAUCUAAGAAAUCUCAAAUUCAAAGUGACAGCACCACACAAGAACAGAAAACACAGUUUUCACAAAAGAUUUGUCCAGAAGAAGUAAAAGAGAAAGACAUUUUAGAGACCAAGCUAAUGAGUAAGACCAAACCAGAUUUAAUCCAGGAGAGACGCCUUCCAGAGCCAAAUUCUUCAGUUUUGGCUCAGGACACAAUACCAGCUCAUGAGAAUGAAAUUGAUAUGUCAACCAAACCUGUUGUGUUUGGCAGCACUCACUGUGACGCAAUCACCCACUCUGGUGUUUCCCUUGAAGAAACAAAUAAGGUCACUUCUAAAGAAAAUAAUAGAAAUAGUCUUCCUGCUAAAUUGGCCUCAAAAGACCAAGAUGCUGAGCCAAAAGAUGUACUUUUAGCUACUUCCAUUGCUGUUUCAGUUGAUGACCUGGCCCGUAAAGAGCAGCACAAACAGUUAUUGAAGGAUCAAACCACAAAUAUCAUUCUUAGAAAUGAUAGAUUGCCCACAUUAAGCAGAGAUUUUGUUAACGAUUUUGAGGUAGAGGAGAAAAGUAAAGAGGAGGCUGGCAGGAAACCAGCAAAGGCUUUGGACAUUCAAACAGAGGCUGUUUGUGAAAUGCCCAAGAAUGUUGAAAAUCAGCUGGACAAAGAGCCUCUUUUACUGGCAGGAGAAUUUGAAAGUCAGGAGAAAGACUCAAAACCAAAUGAAAAGCUGAAUGAUGCAGCAGUGGAAAGCGCUGACUCACAGAACAGUUGCAAAAAGGAGCUUAAGGGCAUAACUAUCGAGAAUGAAGCAGAGAAAGACAUUACAAAAACACAGAAGCCAACAGAUCUAUCAUCAGAGGAGAAAUGUUUACAGCCUGACUCAGAGGGACCAAAGACUGUAGUUAGGGUUGCCCUGGAAGAGAAAAUGACAGAAGCAGAGCAAGCAAGAAGUGCACUCCAUGAAAAUACAGCCAGUGUGAUUGAUACAAAGCAGAAAUGUCAGAUCGUCUUAAAAGAAAAUGCAGACAGUGGUGAUAAGGACAAAGAUCAGCAGAUGAAGACCUCAACAGAGAAAAAUGAACAGGAACCCAAAGUUCUUCUAGCCAAAGAUGAGAAGGUCAGGGAUAAGGAAGCAAAUCAGGGGGACAAACACGCUGUUGUUGUUAAGAAGAGUCAAACUCCAGAACUAAACUCCAUAAGCUCUGGAACUAAUACUACCAAAGAAGAUAGCCAAACAAAGGAUUUAUCAAAGAAGAAUUUACCGAAUGAGAUUUCAAAUAAGACCGCUGACUCCAAAGGUAGGAGGCACAAGGAAGAGAAGACUUUAAUUGCUAGAGACCAAGAUGACGACAUUGAAAAAACAGAGGAACAUGCUUCUAGAUCAGCAGAAUCCAAAUGUCCAAAUGCUGACCUAAAACAGGACCUGGAAAUGGUAAGAACAGAAGCUCCAGAGAAGAUAUCAGAAAGCCAAACUCAGAGUGUUGCCGGUAUCAAAGAAAAUACUGAAGCAAAGGAUUCAUCAGAUAAGAGUUUGGUGGAUGAAACAACAAUAAGAACAGAAGCUCCAAAGAAGGUAUCAGAAAGCCAAACUCAAAAACUAAAGGUUGUAAGCACCAAAAGUCAGAGUGCUGAUGGAACCAAGAAACAGAAGACUUUAAUUGCUAGCGACCAAGAUGAGGACAUUAGAAAAACAAAGGAAAAUACUUCUAGAUCAGCAGAAUCCAAAUGUCCAAAUGCUAACCAAGAACAGCAACCUGAGACAGAAAUGGCUCCAGAGAAGACCACAGAAAGCCAAGUUUUACAAAUGGAUACAAGUCAAGAACUAAAAGCAGUAAGGAGUAAAACCAAGAGUGCUGAAGGUAUUAAAAGGAAGACCGAAACAAAGGAUCCAACAAUAAAGAGUUUGGCGAAUGAGACUGCAAUUAUGCAUGCUGACAGUGAUGUUGGUGUACAAGACCAGUUGUCCAUAGUUGUUAGAGAUCAACAUGCAGACAUAACCAAACCAGAUAUACGAAAAUCAAAGGAAUCCAAACGACCAAAUACUGACCUAAAACAGGAACUGGAAAUGGUAAGAACAGAAGCUCCAGAGAAGAAAUCAGAAAGCCAAACUCAAGAAAUAAAGGUUGUAAGCACCAAAACCCAGAGUGCUGCCGGUAUCAAGGAAAAUACCGAAGCAAAGGAUUCAUCAGAUAAGAUUUUGGUGGAUGAGACAACAAUCAAACCAGAAGCUCCAAAGAAGAUGUCAGAAAGCCAAACUCAAAAACUGAAAGUUGUAAGCAGCAAAACUCAGAGUGCUGAUGGAGCUAAAGAGAAGACUGAAACAAAGGAUUCACCUAUAAAGAGUCGGGUGAAUGAGAUUGUAAUUGAGAAUGCUAACUCUGAAGUUAGCACCCAAAAGGACCAGAAGCCCACAGUUGUCAAAGAUGAAGAUGUGAAGAUUAAGAAACCCGAGAAAAACUCUGAACAAUCCGCAGAUCUCAAAGCCCCAACUGCUAACCCAGUUGUUUUCACAACUGAAAAAGCCGCUAGUCAGACUGAUAAUAAACAGAAGGAAAGAAAAGAAAUCAAAGAGGAUGUUGAAGUUAACAAAGUGACAAAGCAGGAGGAUCAGCAGAUGAAAGCAUCAAAGAUAGAUGCCGAGCAAGAGUCGGAACGCAUUAUUGUAAAAGACGCAUCCAGCAGAGAAGGUGGUGAAGAACAAAAAGACAAGCCCACUGUCGUUCCAGAUAAAGUACUUAAUAGCCCUGAUGCUCAGAAGAAUGAUGAAGAAAAAACAAAAACACAUGGUGAUCUGAAACAGAAACUGCAGACUUUAAGAGAAGAGAGAACCAUAAACCUCAGUGAUCAACAAAAGCCUUCAAAGCCGACACUCGAUGGCAGUCUGUCUCUUUCUGCGACAGCGGAACCACCUUCAAAAUCUCAAAGGAUUCAGCAAAAGAAGGAAUCUCCAUCGAGCUGGUUAGAUGUGAUGCAUCAAAAACAGAAGAAGGAACAUAAGAGAACACUAAAUGCCUCAGCCAGUGAGGAUAAAUCUCUGGAGCCUGACGACUUUGAUAAUUUUAUCAGGAGCAUUAAGGAGGGCAGCAUUCCGUUCUCACUGCCUCCAAAGAGGCACGUUCGUAAUAAGUCCCCAUCUGCACCUUUUGCCCUGCCAGCCAUCAAGGAGGACCAUUUUGAGAGAACGUUUGAUCCAGAGGAAUUCCAGUUUGGCUUAAGAAAAAAUGGCAAAAGUUUUAGGGAUCCUUCCCCAGCUAUGGUGCUUAAACAAAAAGCAGCUGAUAGGAAAGGACGGACCCUAGAACAAUGCGCAGAAGAUAACGCCAUGCACACAUCAGGAGACCCUAUUAAAUCACUUGAUGAGGUGGAAGGAAAAGAUGGCGUCAACGAGGGGACACCCGUUGAAGCAGGAAAAGAAGAGGGACAAAACAAUGGAGAAGAGCCUGGGAAGCUGACGUCACGACUUGGAAGGAUGUCCAUCCUCUCCAGCUUACUGAGUUCCCCUCGUUCCUCCAGGAAGACCAAAGAGGAAGCUACCUCCGCCUCAAAUAACACACAUUCGAACCAACAACAGGGCCUGCUCUCACUUGCAAAGCAGGACGUUAUUGAUUCACCUCUGCCUGCUGUUGAAGCAGAUAAGAAGGGUGUGAGAGGUGUAGAUCAAGGCCCACUCGUGGGUGGUGGUAUAGGUACAGGUAGUGAGUCAGCACCCAACCACUCCUCUCCUCCUCUGCCCGUGUGCUCGGAGAUAAAGCUGCCUGUUCAUUUGGAGAAAUACCUCAAGAAGAACGAAUCAGAACCUGAGGCCUCCCAGGGCUCUACACAGACAACUAAAACUAAAAUGAAUCCUGAGGGUUCCGUGAUAGGCCAGGCCUCGACAGCAGGAGUACCCAAUGUGGAUGUGAGCCUGAAGGGCCCUGCAGGAGUGCCUCCAACCAGCAACAACAGCCAGCAGACUUCUAGAAAUGGACGUACUACUUCUACGACUAAGAUACCUGCAGUAAGAGGGUUUCACAAAAGGCCUGGAAAGAUUGUGAUACAUGAACAUGCUCAGUUUGGAGGGCAGCCGUUUGAACUCUACUGUGAUCUAGAGGAUGCCACCGCAAUUAAGCUUUCCCCUGUCAUCUCCGUCAGAGUAAUCAGAGGAUGCUGGCUCCUCUUUGAAAAACCUGGCUUCCAGGGUCGUAUCAUCGCACUUGAGGAAGGUCCCACAGAGCACUUAGUGAAUAUGUGGGCAGAGGAGGGAACGCCACCGACACUAGACCAGAUGGGUCAGCCUGUACCAACGGCACCUAUGGUCAUAGGUUCUAUUCAGUUGGCAGUUAGAGACUAUAGCAUACCCCAAAUCGACCUGUUUGCAGAGGUAAACGGGUUGGGGAGGAUGUCAUCUUACUGUGACGACAUUGUAGAGAUUGGCUCCUAUAGCAUUCCACAGACCACCGGCUCCAUUAAGGUUCAUUCUGGAGUCUCAUCUUUAACUUCUUUUACCCAGGCCUUAGUGUUUGAGAAGCCCAACUUCGAUGGAGAGUGCCUAGAGGUCGACAGUGAUGCGUACAACUUGCAAGAAGAGCUGGAAGAGGAGGAUACGGGCAAACCAGAGAAGAACAAGAAGACAUUGUCUACAGUGGGGUCUUUAAAGAUACUUGGUGGUCUCUGGGUGGGCUAUCAAGAGGCAGACCUGGAAGGCCAGCAGUACAUCCUGGAGGAGGGGGAGUAUCCUCACUGCAGUGACUGGGGAGGAUCUGAGGAUGGGCUCCUGUCACUUCGGCCUGUAUGCACAGACUUCCUUUCCCCUCACGUUAAACUGUUCAGCGAGCGGCACUUUGAUGAACUGGGGCGCAACGUGGACUUGCUGGGUCCCGUCCUCAGCAUGGAGGACGUCGGCCAUAGCGGCAAAACUCAGUCUGUCAACGUCAUGGGUGGAGUGUGGGUGGCAUUUGAGAAGCCUGGAUUCAGUGGAGAGCUCUACGUUCUAGAGAGAGGCCUGUAUGCAAGCCCAGAGGACUGGGGGGCCCAGAACUUCAAGAUCUCAUCCAUACAGCCGGUCUUCCAUGACCCACUGAUGGUAACAACCAGAUUCAAGAUGCAGCUGUAUUCUGAGCCAGACUUCCAGGGAAGGCUGGUGACUCAGGAGGACAGCGCAGCAGCUCUGGAUGAGGACUUCAUACCCAAGUCCUGUAAGGUGCUGGCCGGCAGAUUUGUGGCAUAUGAAGGAGCUCAGUUCACAGAGAACAUGUAUGUGUUGGAGGAGGGAGAAUACCCCAACACAGAGGCCAUGGGCUUCCUGUCCUCAGACUCUACCAUCCGCUCCAUACAGACCCUUGGACAUGAGUUUUCUCUGCCCUCCAUCGUCUUGUUCAGUAAGGUGGGCUGUAGGGGGCGCAGGGCGGUGUUGACUAAUGGAGCUGUGAACCUGCUGCAGGCAGGCAUGGACACGCGCAUACGCUCCCUGGUGGUGGAGGGAGGAAUGUGGGUGUUGUAUGAAGGCAGUAACUACCGCGGUCGACAGCUGCUUCUCCAGCCAAGUGAAGUGGCUGAUUUGUGGAAGUUCAGCGGCAGGCAGCCAUUAGGAUCCCUACGUCCAUUACUCCAGAAGCAGAUGUACUUCCGUCUGCGGAACAGCGAGACCGGAUGUGUGAUGUCCCUGACAGGAACUGUGGAGGACAUCAAGCUGAUGAGGGUUCAGGCUGUGGAGGAGACAGGAGGGUUAGAGCAGGUCUGGCUCUAUCGGGACGGGCUGCUUACCUGCAAGCUGGUGGACGACUGUUGCCUGGAGACCACAGGCAGUGUGGUGAUGGAGGGCAGCAGGCUUUGUGUUGCCCCGGAGCGAGGCAAAGGCAACCACCUGUGGAACAUCACCCCAGAUGGCCGAGUGCGCUGCCACCUCAACCCUAGCCUGGUCCUGGAGGUCAAAGGUGGUCAUCAGUAUGACAGGAACCAGGUGAUCCUAAACACAUGCGAUGAGAGAAAAUUGAACCAAAUUUGGACCUUGGAUAUCCUGUGAUCUGAUGAGCCUCGACUUGCCAACUCAUCAUGAACCCUGUGGAACACACACACACACACACACACACACACACACACACACACACACACACACACACACACACACACACACACACACACACACACACACACACACACACACACACACACACACACACACACACCUGUGGGCCUGGGAGGGGUUUUGCGCAAUCACUCCACCUUUUUGUAUGUUGACCCUUCUUGAGGAGGGUAACCAUUGACUGGAUCAACAUUUAAACUAAUAUCAUAGUGUUAGUUGAAUGAAUAAGUAGUGUAAAAAAUAUUGCUUAUUUUUAGCCACCGAUUUCAAACACUAUAUACCAAAGACUCCCCUCUCUGUUUUCACUGCAUGUAGUGAGAACUCAGCCCUGUUUCAAUGCUGCAUACCUUUCUUCACUUUAUGGUACUUUUCGACUACAUGGCUCCGAUGUCAGUUUUCUGAUCACGAUGUUGGCCAAUAUGAAUGUAUAGUGUUUGACAGCUGCAAUAUGAAGUCUGAUGUGUCCACAAUCCAAAGAUUUCUGUAGACUUAACCCUUGUGUUGUCUUCCCAUCAACCUUGAAAAAAACACUUUUUCCAACAUUUUUGACACCUUUUUUGUUUGUUUUUGCUCUAACGUUUUAAAUUGUAAAAAUUUUCUUCUACACAUUUUCAGCGCUUAUUUCUACAUCCCAUAUUUUCUGAUAUAAAACAAAAAUUGAAAAUGGGUCAAUGUGACCCGAAGUCAACACAAGGGUUAAGAGGUUUAAUUUGUAUUGUUGUAGAUCAAAAAUGAUCUAUCGUAAAGUUUGAAUAUCUUUUUAGGACUUGAUAGGUUUUUACAUUUUUACACAAAUUGUACUUUGCUGCAUUAGGUUGUACAUAAGCAUCACCUGUAUAGAUUUGGGAUUACAUUUUAAAGCAGAACUGCAAUGACAAUGCCGCACACUGUUGAUUGUAAAUAUGUGAAUGUAUGAGAAAAGAAAAAAAACAACUGUUACACAUGGAAAUAAGAAUGUGAUUUUCUUUUCAUCUUUUUUAGAAAAUAAAACAUUGUCUUUCUUUAGAUUGAAA